CUCUUCGGAACGUGUCUCAUGUCUGUCUUUCAUUCUUGCUGUUGCUGGCCUGGGUGUCAAACAGUAAAAGAAAGUGGAGGUCAAACAGAUGGGAAGCAGAGGCGAGAACGGUGCAGUCGGUUCCGCCAUUGCAUGGCACUAUGGGAAUGCUUCUGUCGUUUCUCUGCAUCCGCCCGUCGCUACACCUCUUCCAAACCUUCAAAACCGGCUGGACUGCUCAUCGCCAACUACGAACCAGAAUGGGCUUACCGCCUUCACCUAUCCCAGCCCUUCGACGGCGGCGGUGACAAGCACCAGCGUUCAGCUGUACUGGGCCUAUUGGCUGGGUUUCAUGGUCCUGGGUCUUUAUCUGAUCCUUACUUCAUUAACAAAGCUGUCUCCUUCUGUGCCAAAUCCACUUCUUUCCUAGAGGGUAUUCAGUUGCAUUCUCAAAUUGUGAAGCUGGGUUUUACUUCAAACGUGUAUGUGUGUAGCGCAGUUGUCGACAUGUAUUCCAAAUGUGGCGACAUCAGGAGUGCCCAGAAAAUAUUCGACGAAAUGCCAGACAGAAACGUUGUCACGUGGAAUUCACUUAUUUCUGGCUAUUUGGAUGCUAAUUUUCCGAAAGUAGCUGUUCAGUUGUUUGUUGAGAUGCUCCGACAUGCAGCUUCUGUUUCGCCAUUUAGCCUUUCUAGUUGUCUGGUCAGUUGUUCACAGUUGGAGGACAGGGACCUCGGAGAGCAGCUUCAUGCAUUAAGUUUGAAAGCGGGGUUUGACAAUCAUGUUGUUGUGGGGACCGGUCUGAUUGAUAUGUACUCAAAGUCUUGUAGCGUUGGCCUCUCAAAGUUGGUAUUCGAGCGUAUAGUGGAUAAGAACGUGAUUACUUGGACAUCCAUGGUCACUGCUUAUUCACAGAAUGAAGAGCCUUGUGAAGCAAUGGUGGUAGUCAGAGAGAUGUUGCAAUUGGGUUUGAGAUUAAAUGGUGUGACGUUUAACAGUUUACUGAGUUCAUUUUCUACUCCAGAUCACUUAGAGUGCUGCAAGCAAGUUCAUUGCUGUGUAAUUCGCCAAGGUUUAGAGUCUAAUGAGUAUAUUACAGUCACACUUGUGACUGUCUAUUCGAAAUGUAGUCGCAGCCUGGAAGAAUUCGUUAAGGCAUGCUCUGGUAUUGCAAUUUGGGACCAGGUAUCUUGGAAUGCAGUGAUUGCUGGCUACUGCAAUUUAGAAUGUGAAAAGGAAGCUCUCAGAUGUUUCUGUGAAAUGAGGCAAGCUGGGACUGACGGUGACUUCUAUACAUUUACUAGUUUGAUGGGAGUGAUUGGGAGUAGUUCAUUCCUUGAGGAGGGAAGAGAGGUUCAUGCUCUCCUUUCCAAGACUAGGUAUGCUUCAAGUUUGCAUGUGCAGAAUGGGCUUGUUUCCAUGUAUGCAAGAUGUGGUGCAAUUGACGAAUCAAAAAGAAUGUUCUGGUCGAUGCCAAAACAUGAUGUCAUUUCAUGGAACUCGCUUCUAACAGCGUGUUCACAUCACGGAUAUGGUAAGGAAGUUGUGGACUUAUUCGAAGAAAUGAAAAAAAGCAAGACAAAACCAGAUGCUACCACUUUCCUUGCAGUGCUGUCUGCCUGUAGCCAUGUUGGUUUAGUAGAUCAGGGACUCGAGUACUUCGAUUUGUUGAAAAGUGAUGCUUUAGUUGGUCCCCCUAGAUUAGAGCAUUAUGCUAGCGUUGUUGACAUUUUUGGUCGAGCUGGAUACAUAAAAGAAGCAGAAACUUUUGUCAGCAACAUGCCAAUAAAACCUGGCUCCUCAGUCUACAAGGCUCUGCUUAGCGCUUGUUUAGUACAUGGUAAUAUGGAAGCUGCAGAGCGUUCUGCCAGAAAGCUUGCAGAUCUGUGGCCCGAUGAUAGUGCAACAUACAUCAUGCUAUCGAAUAUGUUGAAAAGAAGUGAGAAUUGGGAUGAUGCAGCAGUUGUGCGCAAAAAGAUCUGUGACAGAGGCAUGAAGAAAAUACCUGGUUGUAGUUGGAGUUAAGAUUGAGAUUGUUGAUUGUGGACACUUGAACCUUAUGGAGUCCCUUAUGAAGUUUGGGUACUGUCACUUUCUGGAAUGUUGGUUGAAAUCACAAUGGUUUACAAGAAUUUGCUCUGAAGUAUCACCCUGAUGACAAUUCCGACAUAUAGUUGAGUAGUGAUUCCCGAACUUCAGUUCUUGGACACUUGGUCAAUGGGUAAUUAAGCUAUCUGCAGGAGGGAGGGCUUUUAGAAUAUUUUCAAGCCUGCUCAAUCAUAAGUCUGUAGCUUUUGUAGAGGCCGUUCCAAUGACAGAAAUCUCAAAAUCCGUGGUGGUCAUAGUGGAGGAAUACUGAUUUGAGAAUGAUGUCCUACAAUUACUCAUUUCAGGCCUCUUCUCUCCGGCGGAACACUGCUUCAAUUACUAGUACUCUUAAGGACUCAAAUGGAAGUAACUUCAACAUGACAACUGCAAUGGAUGGAGGGAAGCAUGAGUGGUUUUAGCAACCAGGAAUCCAUUCAUACCAAGUACAUUGUUAUCCUUCUUUCAACGUUUAGCUUAUAUACAACGAGAAGGAUUAAACAUGAUGGUAAUCACAUGUGUUCUUGAUUCUUAAAGUUGAGAGUUUGUGUCACCCGUAACUAUAGGAGUGAAUUUUCAUAGCGAGGAUGAAUGGCUUAGCAGAACGAUUCCUAUUCUGAUCAAUAACCAAGGCAGAUUGCAGAUAUUAAUGGCGGAACUGUUUGUUGGCACCUCCAGUGCACAAGGAGGUUAUGCAAAUGUUGAUCGACCAAGGCAUGGUUAGUGCGAGGCUGUUGCUAAAGAUGAGGAUAAGGGAUACAGUUCAAAAGUGGUACCAAGAUGAGGGUUAUGCCUGUAUCCAGGUUGUUAAUUUUGGGAAUCUCAUACACCAAGGAGGUUGUCUGUGAGGUGGUGGAAGGGGAUAUUAGCUAGUUAUUCAGUUUCAGGACGAACUUGGUAAUGUUGUUCAGGGGAAGACACAUAUCACUGUUGUCAAGAGAGAGUUUCCUAAGCAGGUAAGCCCGGGGAGCCCUAGAUUGCUUCGUUUAUGCUGUCUGCUCUUAUUUGGUUCAUCUCUUGUUGUGUGGUCAAGGUGAGGGACCAAUGAAAUCCAGCCACCUACUUGAAAUGUCAUCUUGUUUGGUCAUUCUGGAUAGUAGUCUAUGUAUCAUCUCUUUAGUCAUUCUGGGAAUUGCCUUGAAUUGUGAAGUAACAAAGUUAGGGAUGUGGUUCUGGUUUAGCUAGGGCAUUGCCAUGAAUCUUGAACUAGCAGACUGCUAAAUACCUAGUUAGCUGUAGAUGUCGUUCUGGUUUUAUUGAGGUGAUCCCAUCUCCAACAAAUUUCAUAUAAUUUCUACUGUGAUUAAGUGCCAGUCACUUUCGAUUUUAUUUUUCCUGCUAGGCAUGAUCUAGUAACUUCAAUCAUAAUCCCAGUAAGGUUAAUUGUUGUGUGGCUGUCAAUGUUUCAGUUUGACCGGGUCAAGUGUUCAACAUCGAAGCUGGAAUACAAGCUCUGAAUGAUAUAAGUGCUUUGGGUUUUCUGCAAACAUUGAAAUUAAUCCAAGGCAUUGUGAGAAGAAUGAAUGGUGAAUCAUUGUUGAAAUAAAUUUUAAAGAAUUGGAGCCAUAAUCAGCUGAACCUAGUAUGGAGUGGAGCAUUGUUCUUGGGCGUGGUGGACUGCCCACAUUGGUGCGUCUGCCUUACUCUUUUAAUUUCAUUACAAACCUGCAGCUUGAGCUUCCAUUUUAACUUAUACUAACUGAAUUCAUUCUUCAGGCUUCAAUCCAGCCCGGUGGAACUUUUUAUUUCGAACACAGGAAUAUCAAAGGGCUGAACCAGUCACUUGUGGGCUCAAGCACAACAAGCAAUUUCUUUUUGUCUUAGGUAAUGUUACUGGCUUUGUUUUUUGAUAUCACAAAAUAACAAGGCAAAAUUUUCACGUUUGUGCCAAUAAUAGCCACAUUUGGCGAAAUACCACUUAUAGCCACUUUUUGAAAAUGUUGUUGGACAAAUAUAGCCUUUUCCGUUAGAAACAUUGACGGUGUUAGUAACACCGUCAAAUUAGUAGACGGUUUGCUGAUUAGGCGAGAAGAAAUCGAACACGUCAGCGCCAACUAAGCAAUUAUGGACACGUCAUAUAUUACAUUAUUAAAAAAAAAUUGUACCAUAUAUUCCCAUUUGCGUCAAAGCGAAUCCUUCAGCCCCCAACUUUGGCCCGAUUUAAAAAUUAGGGUUUGUCCCUAGUUUUCCUCUCCUCUCACGAAUCCUCUUCCGAUUUGGGAAUUAGGGUUCUUCCCCAAACUUCCACUUUCCAUUCUCCACGAAUCCUCUACUCCCUUCUGAUCGAUUCCGAUUUCGGAAUUAGGGUUCUUCCCCCAAAUCCCACACUCUGCCGACUCGCAACGACGCAACCCUCUCCUUCCACGAUUUCUCCUGCCCAGCACUUCAAGCGAGCAGCUUCCUCAUGUCCAGUCGCGACUGACGAGGGAGAAGUUUGUAUGUGUUUCCUCAUGGCCAAAGCUCGGCGUCUGUUAGUCAACCCAUCCUCUGUAUGUGUUUCUCGAGGAAGGAGGCGGUAGGUUCAACUCGAUCGAUGGAGGAAAAUCGAGACUGGAGGAGGGGUGUAUAUUGAUGGUGGAGGAAGGAAUAGCGGUGGUCCGGGGUUCGUCGGAGGACGCUCCUCUCCUUCGUCGCCUUCGUGGUCGCCGCCUUCGUCGAUGGGAUUCAGAGGGGUUAGAUGAAGAGGAUAAGGAAAGAGGAAAGAGAGAACAUAAAGGUGGGUGGGUAAAAAUUAGUGGUUUCUGAUUUUGUAAUUUUUUUUAAUUAUUGUCCACAUGGAAAUUUGUGGCGGUCCACGUAAGCUGCGCCGUUUGCCCAGUCACACUUAACGUUAACAGCGUUAAAGAAUUGGACGGACGUGGCUAUAAGUGGUAUUUCGCCAAAUGUGACUAUAAUUGGCACAAACGUGAAAGUUUUGGCUAUGGAACUGUAUUUUGCCAAAUAACAAUGAUGAUGAUUGUUAUCUCAAGUGGGAAGUUAAUUGGUUGAAUAUCUCUUAUCUAUGACGAACAAGGAAUUGGUCUAGUGGUAAUACCACUAGCCAUGAACCUGGAGGUCCCAAUUCGAGUCUCUUUAGUAGUAUCUAAUAACGAAAAAGUAAUCUACAUCAUCUUAUCUAAAAAUGAGAAUAACUCUUAUCUAUGAAU